CCUAAACUGGCUUCACUUGCUUUAUCCAAUCAAUGAAUUUAAAAUUAAGAUUCAUGUUUUGGUUCGGUUGAAUCAAUCAUUAAUUGUUUUAACGGCCAAGAAAGGAAAAGUUUUAUCAAGAAACUCAGAUACGACUCGAAUCGUUCAGAGAUGGCUUCUUCAAAGCGUUCAUGGUCAUUGUCGUCGCUGCCACUCGUUCUGAUAGAAGAAAUAUUUCACAGGACUCCAGCAGAAUCUCUAGCCCGAUCAAAACCGGCAUGCAAGGAAUGGUACGAUCUCAUCACCAACAACAAGAGGUUCCGCUACGAACACUUCCGUCGCUCCCCGCAACGAACCGAUGAGAGACGUUUCCUAAGAAUCGACGAGACGGUGCAAAUCAUGGAUCCAGUGAGAAGAACACGCUCAUCAGAGACACGAAUCCCAUACGAGCUCCAAACUCGACAUUACAUCAAAGCUAUGGUUCACUGCGACGGACUCAUGCUGUGCAUGUGUCGCGACAUGGAAUCGAGAAUCGCUCUUUGGAACCCCCUCACGAGGGAUAUCAAAUGGAUCCGUCCCUCGAAGCGUUUCACGACUUCUGAUUACUACGGGAUUGGUUACAACAAGUAUCAAGAAGAUGAUUACAAGAUCCUGAGGUUUUCUAAUGAUCAAUCUUGGAAUCGUCAUCAUUAUCACCGUGAAGCAGACGUUGAGAUUUAUUACUGCAAGACGAGUUCUUGGAGAACUCUUGAUGAUGCCAAGGUUGACUGGUCUGUAGAUAGUCCGUGCCGAGGUGUGGCUGUCACGGGGAACAUGUAUUGGCUUGCUCGAAGGAUGGGUGAGGAGAUGAAUCUCGAAUACUAUAUUCUAGGUUUCGAUUUCUCGGUUGAAACGUUCAAGGACGUAUGCUUCUGUCCUCCUGCUUAUUACGACAACAACUACUUGAGCUGUUUCGAUGGAGAUAGAUUGUCUUUGAUACAACAAGACCAAGACGAAAAAACAAGCCCGAUUGAGGUGUGGGUUUCAAGCAAGUUGGAUGAUGGGAAUGUCUUGUUUACCAGAUAUUUCACUGUUUCCAGCCCCGGUCUCCCGGCGUUACUGUUUGAUAGAGCUAGGGCUAGUCAUCCGGUGUACUACAUUGCCGAGAACAAACGUAUCAUCGCUUGGUGCGAGGGAGAGGUAGAGGUAGAUGAAGGUGAUAGAUUACCUGUUUGCAUCACUCUUUAUGAAAUUGAUGAGGGUGGGGUAAGUAGUCGACUUGUGACGGAAGAACACUACGAGGAUGACUAUGCUGGCACCUUUCUUUGUGGUUACUUGUACGUUCCAAGUCUAGUCCCACUUCCUGUAUAAUUAAGAGGUGGAUAAGAGAAAGAGCGUUUAGUUUCGUCUUCUAAGCUUUUAGUUUUUGUUCUUUGUUUGUUAAUCUUUUG